AUGGAUUGGAAAACACAUGGCUUGAAAACACGGUUACAGGGCAAUAAAAGCUCAUUAUUCAAAAGGGCGAAGGCUCCGGGACUAAUCCUAUUUGUGGCACCGGUGCAAACUACUUGUUCUCAACUAGUAGGUUCCGCGACCUCCUACAUGCUGAUAAUAUUGGACUGA